AUGCAGAAGGGUCACCAGAAAAGAUUUAACUCAUUAUCUUCUCAAAGCCAGAGACCCUCAGACUGGGAAGGGCUUCACCCCACCAUUCGUGCGGCCUGUACCUCUCCCGAGCAAAUCUACGGAAAGGCAUUGAACAGCCUACAGUAUCUCCGCGCAUGCAUUGACGAGGGUUUGCGCUCACCACACCGAUGCCAAGUCACUUAUCCCGCCAGGUUCUCUCUGGAGGCAUCAUCAUUUAUAAUCACCCUUGCUGGAACUACCAUCAAUACACCCCCAUACACCAUUAACCAUAACGAGGAGUAUUACCCGAAUCCAUACUCUUAUCUACAGGAGCACUGGAUUGUUGAUCCGGUCGCUCCGGACGGCGAUGUGUGUUCAGAAAGCAGGGUCGCGGCCCCCCGAUCUGCUUUUACCACCUUCAGCAUUGGCCCGCGUGGCUGUGCGGGGAAACGGCUUGCAUAUUUAGAGCUUACCCAUGCCCUUGCACGUUUGCUAUUUUCUUAUGAUAUGCGGCUUUCACCCGGCAGCAAAGGGGUGGGCGCGGGUAAUCCUAACCAUAAGCAUGAAGGGAGACGGAGGACCAAUGAGUAUCAGCUUCUAGACAUUUUCCUCGUGGCAAGGGAUGGUCCCGUUGCAGUGUUUAGACCUAAGAGGAACUAA